AUGUCGUCGCCAUUUGAGGCGCCUAAGAAUGCUAUAUAUAUUAUUCUCGGUGAAAUUCAAGCAAUAACAUCAUCAAAAAAGAAUAAUGCUCGAUGGUCAUCUACUCAUUCAUAUGAGGAAUCACCUGAAAUGAAUUCUUUCCAAAAAUUAAAAACAAUUUUAAAUUCUGUAUCGAAUCUUCAAGAUAUUGAUUCCAAUACAUUUUUAGCACCAUUCCUUGAUAUAAUUCGUUCUGAUGAAACAUCGGGUCCGAUAACAUGUUUAGCAUUAAAUGCUGUUAAUAAGUUUCUCUCCUAUGGUCUUAUUGAUACUCAAGGUGAAUCAGCAGCAUCAGCUAUUGAUAAAGUUGCAAAUGCUGUAACACAUACACGUUUUGUUGGAACAAAUCCCAAUGAUGAUGAAGUAGUUUUAAUGAGAAUAUUACAAGUUCUUCGUUCAUUAUUACUCAGCCCUGUUGGAUCGAAAAUGACAAAUGAUAGUGUAUGUGAAAUUCUUCAAUCAUGUUUUCGUAUUUGUUUUGAAACACGACUAUCUGAAUUAUUACGUAAGACAUCGGAACAUGUUUUAAUUGAUAUGGUUCAAUUAUUAUUUGCUCGAUUACCACAAUUUAAAGAUGAUGGAACAACUUCAGUAUUGACAAAACGACUUCAUACACGAGGUAUAACAACAACAGGAACAAAUGAUGCGACAAAUAAUCGACGUCGUUCUCAACAACGAGUUAAUUCAUCAUCAUCGAUUAAAAAACAACAAAUUAAUGAAUCUCAAACAAAUGAAAUAGUAUCAUCGUCAUCCGAAACAAAUUUAAACUAUGCAUCUCAAAUUGAUGAUAAUGAACGUCCAACAGCAAUUGAAAGUGCUACACAUGCAAUUCCACCAACAGCACCAAUAGAUACUGCAGCUAUUACAAAUGAAAUAGAAUCUGUCACUGAUAAUUCACCACAUGAAACAAUUCUACCGAUUAUAGUUCCAUCAUUUGAUGAAUCAUCAUCAUCAAGAAUUAUCCUUACAAAUGAACCAUCAACAACUACAACAACAGUAACGUCUGAAGAAGAACUAUCGUCACAAGAAAUGACUGAUUCAGCAUCAUCAUUACAAUCAGAAACACAAACAUCAACAAAUACUAAUGAAUAUAUCAAUCCAAGAGGUAUUCGAUUUACAACAACACCAUCUACACCAGUGACCGGUGGACCAAUUAAAGAACCAUUAACACCAUAUGGUUGGCCUUGUGUUCGUGGUCUUUUUCGUUUCUUAACUACUCUUAUUAAUAAUUAUGAUAAAAAUAAUACUGAAUAUAUGAUGACUGUUGGUCUUAAUCUUUUAACAGUUGCAUUAGAAGUUGGUGCAGAUCAUAUUGCAAAUUAUCCAUUAUUACUUUCAAUUGUUAAAGAUUCUUUAUGUCGAAAUUUAUUAAGUAUGUUAACUUGUAAUCGUAUUCAAUUAUUUUCUGCAUCACUUCGUGUUACAUUUCUUAUAUUUGAAAGUUUAAGAACACAUCUGAAAUAUCAAUUUGAAUUUUUUUUAACACGUUUGAUGGAGUUAAUUGUAUCUGAACAAUCGAAAAUAACUAUUGAACAAAAAGAAAUUGCUUUAGAAACUAUUGUUCAAUUAUUACGUAUACCGGGUUUACCAGCUGAAUUAUAUUUAAAUUAUGAUUGUGAUGUAUAUUUAUCAAAUUUAUUCGAAGAUUUAACGAAAAUGUUAUCAAAAAAUGCAUUUCCAGUUGCUGGUUUAACAUCAACACAUAUACUUUCACUUGAUGCACUUCUAUCGAUUAUUGAUCAUAUUGAACUUGAAUGUCAAUUUCAAGUUCAAAGACAAAAAAAUGAUUCAACUAGUCAAUCAUUAACACGACCAGUUCCAUCUGGAUAUGCACUUGCACUUUCAUUACAAAAUAUUGAUACAAAUCGUUCAUCAACACCACGAGAAUCUCGACAUGGACCUAAAAUUCGACAAAAUCGAAUGAUUAUUUCAUCAAAUUUACCAUCUCAAGAUGAUCUGAAAAAAAUUAAACAUGAUAAAAAGAUUUUAAAACAAGGCUCAGAAUUAUUUAAUCAAAGUCCAUCAUUAGGAAUAAAUUUUCUUCAAGAAAAUCAAAUCUUAACAAAUCCAUUACAAAUUAAUGAAAUUGUUAAAUUUGUUAAAGAUAAUCCAAUGUUAGAUCUCAAAGUUAUUGGAGAAUAUUUAUCGAAUAGAAAAAAUUCAAGUAUAUUAGAACAAUAUGUUAAAACAUUUCAUUUUGAUGAUAUGCGUGUUGAUGAAGCACUUAGAAUUUAUUUAUCUGAAUUUCGUUUACCUGGUGAAUCACCAAUGAUUAGUGCAUUACUUGAACAAUUUGCAGCACAUUGGAGAGAAUGUAAUCAUUUUCAACUUGCAAAUAACGAUGCAGCAUUUGGAUUAGCAUAUGCUGUUAUUAUGCUUAAUACUGAUCAACAUAAUAAAAAUGCUCGUCGUCAAACAACUCCAAUGACAUGUGAAGAUUUUAAAAAGAAUCUUUCCAAAAUGAAUAAUAAUGAUAAUUUUGAUGAUAGACUAUUAACUGAAAUUUAUAAUGCAAUUAAAUCCGAUGAAAUAGUUAUGCCUGCUGAACAUACCGGUCUUGUUCGAGAAUCAUAUUUAUGGAAACUAAUGCUUAAACGAUCAUCAGCAAGUGGAGAAAAAUUUCUUCAUACACCAUCUGGUUCAUAUAAUUAUGAAAUAUUUACAUUAGUAUGGGGACAAACAAUGGCUGCAUUAUCAUUUGUUUUUGAAAAAUCAAAUUAUGAUUUAGUUAUACAAAAAUCUAUUCAAGGUUUUAGUAAAUGUGCAAGAAUAGCUGCACAUUAUUAUAUGUCCGAUGUUUUUGAUAAUUUGGUUAUAUCAUUAUGCAAAUUUACGACAUUACUCAAUAGUCGAGAAUGGACUGAAAAUUUACCAAUUCAAUUUGGUUUAAAUCGAAAAGCACGUCUUGCUGCAACAGUUGUUUUUCAUGUAGCACAUGUACAUGGAGAUAUAUUGCGAGAUGGAUGGAAAAAUAUACUUGAAUGUAUUAUUCAAUUAUAUAAAGCAAAAUUAUUACCAUCUGUUCUUGUUGAAGUUGAAGAUUUUCUUGAUCCAACUGGUCGAACAACACUUAUUAAAGAACAAACAGCACAAACACCAAAAAAUGAUAGUGGUAUAUUUUCUUCUCUUGCAUUUCUUCUUGGUGGUGGUGGUUUAUCCGAUUCAACAGUAUCAUCUGGUAAACAAACAACACCUGAAGAACAAGAAGCAAUAAAAGUAGCAACAGCAUGUAUUGAAGAAUGUCAUUUAGAACAAUUAUUACAAGAAACAAAAUUUUUAAUAAUUGAUUCAUUAAAUGAAUUUUUAAAAGCACUUAUUUAUGGUUGUCAAAUAUCUCCUGAUUCACAAAAAUUAGAUCAAGAUGCUGCUGUUUUUUGUCUUGAAUUACUUGUUAAAGUUGUUUUACAAAAUCGUGAUCGUGUGACAUUAUUUUGGUCAACUGUUCGUCACCAAUUUUAUUCUAUACUUGUUAAUGCAAAUGAAAAAUCAUUUUUUGUUGAACGUACAUGUGUUGGAUUAUUAAGAAUUGCAGCAAGACUGUUAAGACGAGAAGAAUUAGCAUCUGAAGUACUUGCAUCUCUUCGUAUGUUACUUUUAAUGAAACCACAUGUAAUACAUUCCUUAUCAUCUGAAAUUGCAUUUGGUUUACAUGAACUUCUUCGAACAAAUGCUGCAAAUAUUCAUAAAUCUGAUGAUUGGUUUACAUUAUUUUCGUUACUUGAAGUUGUUGGUGCAGCUGCUCAUCCACCACCUGUACUUCAAGCAGCAAUACAAAAUUCAACAGCUGAGAAACAUGUCCUAACUAGUCAAUCAUCGGUAACUACUGAAGCAGAUAGUGAAUGUUCCGAUUGUGCAACAAAUAGUACAGUGGAUAAAGGAUAUACCAGUGAUUCAGAGGUUUAUCGUCGAUCUGAUUAUAUUGUUGUAUCACAUGAUGAUUUAGAAACAAUUCGAAAUCAACAAUCAAUAUUAAAUCAAUAUAAAAUUGAUUUAAAUGAAAAAUUAUCUCAACAUGAUCGUCGUGCAUUAAUUAAAUCUUGUGAAACAUUAUCAUUUUUAGUACGUGAUGCAGCACAUGUAACAGAAGAAAAUUUUGAAUAUUGUAUUCAUUGUAUUCGUACAUUUAUUGAAGCAACUGUAACACAACAACCAUAUCAAGCAAAAUCAAAAUCAACAACAAAUAAUAAAAAUCUUAAACAAAUUCGUAAAGUAACUUCAUCAGGUUCAUUAAAUAAUGAGAAUUUAAAUGAGCAAAUGAAUAAUCAAUCAGGACAAACACAAUUUAUUACUAAACAAUCAAAAUUAGAUUAUGAUGAUGAAGAUGGUCAAGAAGCUAUUAAACAAGAAUAUCAAUCACUUGCUUUACAAUUAUUAGAUUUAAUGCAUACAUUACAUACAAGAGCAUCACAAAUAUAUAAACAUACAACUACUGGACAAAGUGAUCAAAUAACAUCAAGUAUUUUAUGGUAUAAAUGUUGGUGUCCUAUUUUACAAGGUAUUGCACGUCUUUGUUGUGAUCCUCGUCGUCCAGUUCGUGCUUCUGCUCUUGGUUAUCUUCAACGAAGUGUUUUAUUACCUGAACUUCAUAUUCUAUCUCCGACAGAAUGGGAAUCUGUAUUUAAUAAAGUUUUAUUUCCAUUAUUACUUAAAUUACUUGAAACAACAAAUAUAACAGAUCCUGUUUAUGGAAUUGAAGAAACACGUGUACGUGUAUCACAAUUACUUUGUCGAAUAUUUCUUCAACAUCUUUCACCUUUAUUAACAUUACCAACAUUUACAGCACUUUGGUUGACAAUAUUAGAUUUUAUGGAUCGAUAUUUAAAAUCUGAUCAAACAGAUAUGCUGCGUGAAUCUGUUCGUGAAUCAUUAAAAAAUAUGCUUUUAGUUAUGAAUACAACUGGUUUAUUUGAUGGUGAUCAACCUUUAUCGAUAAUUACAAAAGAUAGAAUACAUAGUUUUUUACCGGGUCUUUGGGAAGAAGUUUUUAAAAUGUCAGCACCAUUACCAACCGUAUCCUUACCAUCUACAAUUCCUUCGAAUAUUGAAAAUAAUAUUAAAUCUAGGACGACAUCUGAAGAAAAUAGCUCAUUGAAUGAAUCAGUAACAGCUUCUGCAACAAAUCAAACGAUUAAUGAAACUGUUCCUGCAAAUAAUGUACGAUAG